GGCAAGGGGCUGAGGGGCCUUGGAGCAGGGGGCUAUUGGGAGUCAUGUGAGGCUUCCCUGUGGGGCCCUCCAGGCAGUGGGGCCGCCCCCCAGACAACCGCCUCCCCUUGCCUCAUCGUAAUCCCGCCCAUGCUAAAGCAGGUUUCCCUCUCAUCAUGUUAAUGGUUCUACGUCCGGCGUUUUCAGAAAAGGCCACUUAAAAGCAGCGUUUUAAAAUCCCGGAAAUACCUCGAGAUCAGCCAGAAUCCGCAAGACAAAGCCCGGCUGGUGUCUGGAGUGGGUCCAAGGAUCUCGAAGGGGCUUCGGGGUGUCAGGGUAAUAAUUACAAGAAAUGUCAGUGCAGUGAAAAGAGCCCAGAUACUCCCCAAGUCAAAAAGAUGGCCACAUUCUGAUGGUGUGCCCCCUGCUUUUCCUGCUGCCGCCCCAUCAAACAAAAUAAAUGAUUGCAGAGUGGGAUUUCAUAACCCCUGCUUAACAGCAAUGGGUACCAGUCUGAAAGUCAUCGAAAAAGAGAAUUCUGUCUACGAUAGCAGAAAUCUUUCAGCACAUGAACUUCUAUGGAAGGUUACCAGUUCAGUGAGGUUGGCUGAGAUUUGAGGUCUUGAAUUCUCUUUUGUAAGUGUUAACCUUUGACUAAAAAAGAAAAGAAAAGAUGGCAUUUGUUUCCACGCAAGGACCCACUGUGGUUGACCAAACCACUUUGAUGAAAAAAUACCUCCAGUUUGUGGCAGCUCUGACAGAUGUCAACACACCUGACGAAACGAAGCUGAAGAUGAUGCAAGAAGUCAGUGAAAACUUUGAGAAUGUGACGUCCUCCCCUCAAUAUUCCACAUUUCUGGAGCACAUCAUACCUCGCUUCCUGACUUUCCUCCAGGACGGAGAGGUUCAGUUCUUGCAGGAAAAACCAGCACAGCAACUAAGAAAAUUAGUUCUGGAAAUAAUCCAUAGGAUACCAACAAAUGAACAUCUUCGGCCGCACACCAAAAAUAUCUUAUCUGUGAUGUUCAGAUUUCUAGAGACUGAAAAUGAAGAAAAUGUACUUAUUUGUCUGAGGAUAAUUAUUGAGCUGCACAAACAGUUCCGGCCCGCAAUCACACAAGAGAUUCAUCAUUUCCUGGAUUUUGUGAAACAGAUUUAUAAGGAACUUCCAAAAGUAGUGAGUCGCUACUUUGAGAAUCCUCAGGUCAUCCCAGAGAACACUGUGCCUACUCCAGAAAUGGUUGGUAUGAUCACGACGAUUGUCGUGAAAGUGAACCCUGAACGGGAUGACAGUGAAACCAGGACGCAUUCCAUCAUCCCCAGAGGCUCGCUCUCCUUGAAGGUGUUGGCGGAGCUGCCCAUCAUUGUGGUCCUGAUGUAUCAGCUUUACAAGCUGAACAUCCAUAAUGUGGUGGCUGAAUUUGUGCCCCUGAUCAUGAAUACUAUCAUCAUCCAGGUGUCCGCACAAGCAAGGCAGCAUAAACUUUACAACAAGGAGCUGUAUGCCGACUUCAUUGCUGCACAGAUCAAAACGUUGUCAUUCCUGGCUUACAUUAUCAGGAUUUACCAGGAAUUGGUGGCCAAGUAUUCUCAGCAGAUGGUCAAAGGCAUGUUACAGUUGCUGUCUAACUGCCCAGCCGAAACAGCUCAUCUGCGGAAGGAACUUCUCAUCGCGGCCAAGCACAUCCUGACCACAGACCUGAGGAGCCAAUUUAUUCCAUGCAUGGACAAAUUGUUUGAUGAAUCCAUCCUCAUUGGCUCUGGAUACACUGCACGGGAAACCCUGAGGCCCCUUGCCUACAGCACUUUGGCGGAUCUGGUCCAUCACGUCCGCCAGCACCUGCCGCUCAACGACCUCUCCCUGGCCGUCCAGUUGUUCGCCAAGAACAUCGACGACGAGUCGCUGCCCAGCAGUAUCCAGACCAUGUCGUGCAAACUCCUGCUGAACCUGGUGGACUGCAUUCGCUCCAAGAGCGAGCAAGAGAACGGAAACGGCAGAGACAUCCUCAUGCGGAUGUUGGAGGUGUUUGUCCUGAAAUUCCACACCAUUGCCCGCUACCAGCUCUCCGUCAUUUUCAAGAAGUGCAAGCCGCAGUCUGAGCUCGGGGCGGGAGAAGCCGCGUUGCCCGGCGUGCCGGCCGGGGCGAACGCGGCCUCGGGUCCCGUGCCGUCCCCUGCCCCGCCGGUGGCCCCCACCUCCGGAGCCGUCUUUGAGAAACAAGGAGAAAAGGAGAAAGAGGACAAGCAGACCUUCCAGGUCACGGACUGCCGCAGCCUGGUCAAAACCCUGGUCUGUGGCGUCAAGACCAUCACUUGGGGCAUCACCUCCUGCAAGGCGCCCGGAGAAGCCCAGUUCAUUCCCAAUAAGCAACUGCAACCUAAAGAGACACAGAUCUAUAUAAAACUGGUCAAGUAUGCGAUGCAAGCGUUGGAUAUUUAUCAGGUCCAGAUAGCUGGAAAUGGCCAGACGUAUAUUCGAGUGGCGAAUUGUCAGACUGUCCGGAUGAAAGAAGAGAAGGAGGUCUUGGAACAUUUUGCCGGCGUCUUCACCAUGAUGAAUCCGCUGACUUUUAAAGAAAUCUUCCAGACGACAGUUCCUUACAUGGUUGAGAGGAUCUCCAAGAACUAUGCCCUUCAGAUUGUUGCCAAUUCCUUCCUGGCCAACCCAACUACCUCUGCGCUCUUUGCAACGAUUCUGGUGGAGUAUCUUCUGGAUCGGCUGCCCGAAAUGGGCUCCAACGUGGAGCUCUCCAACCUGUAUCUCAAACUCUUCAAGUUGGUCUUUGGUUCCGUUUCGCUCUUUGCAGCUGAGAAUGAACAAAUGCUGAAGCCCCACCUCCACAAGAUCGUGAACAGCUCCAUGGAGCUGGCCCAGACGGCGAAGGAGCCCUACAACUAUUUCCUGCUGCUUCGCGCCCUCUUCCGCUCCAUCGGCGGGGGCAGCCACGACCUCCUCUAUCAGGAGUUCCUGCCCUUGUUGCCCAACUUGCUGCAAGGUCUCAACAUGCUGCAGAGCGGCCUGCACAAGCAGCACAUGAAGGACCUGUUCGUCGAGCUGUGCCUCACCGUCCCGGUCCGGCUGAGCUCCCUCCUCCCUUACCUGCCCAUGCUGAUGGAUCCCCUGGUCUCGGCCUUAAACGGGUCUCAGACCCUGGUCAGCCAGGGCCUGCGGACGCUGGAGCUGUGCGUGGAUAACUUGCAGCCGGACUUCCUCUACGACCACAUUCAGCCUGUGCGGGCAGAGCUGAUGCAGGCUCUGUGGCGGACGCUGCGCAAUCCUGCCGAGACCAUCUCCCACGUCGCGUACCGUGUGCUGGGCAAAUUUGGCGGAAGCAACCGGAAGAUGCUGAAGGAGUCUCAGAAGCUGCAGUACGUUGUGACGGAGAUCCAAGGCCCCAGCAUCACGGCAGAGUUCUCGGACUGCAAAGCAUCCAUCCAGCUCCCAAUGGAGAAGGCCAUUGAGACUGCCCUGGACUGCUUGAAGAGUGCCAACACGGAGCCAUACUACCGGAGGCAAGCUUGGGAGGUGAUCAAAUGCUUCUUGGUGGCCAUGAUGAGCCUGGAUGAUAACAAGCACGCCCUCUACCAGCUUCUGGCCCAUCCCAAUUUCACGGAAAAGUCGAUCCCCAGCGUCAUCAUUUCCCAUCGGUAUAAGGCCCAGGACACGCCCGCCCGCAAGACAUUUGAGCAGGCGCUGACUGGGGCGUUCAUGUCAGCAGUGAUCAAAGACCUCCGGCCCAGCGCUCUUCCAUUCGUGGCCAGCUUAAUCCGUCAUUACACCAUGGUGGCCGUCGCCCAACAGUGUGGCCCCUUCUUGCUUCAGUGCUACCAAGUGGGAAGCCAGCCGAGCACCGCCAUGUUCCAUAGUGAAGAAAACGGGUCCAAAGGCAUGGACCCCUUAGUGCUGAUCGACGCCAUCGCCAUCUGCAUGGCCUACGAGGAAAAAGAGCUCUGCAAAAUCGGAGAGGUGGCGCUGGCCGUGAUUUUUGAUGUGGCGAGCAUCAUUCUGGGUUCGAAGGAAAGGGCUUGCCAACUCCCCUUGUUCUCGUACAUUGUGGAGCGCCUCUGCGCCUGCUGCUACGAGCAGGCCUGGUACGCCAAGCUCGGGGGCGUGGUGUCGAUUAAAUUCCUGAUGGAGAGGCUGCCUCUCAUCUGGGUGCUCCAGAACCAGCAGACAUUUCUGAAGGCACUCCUGUUUGUCAUGAUGGACCUCACCGGAGAGGUUUCCAACGGAGCGGUGGCCAUGGCCAAGACGACCCUCGAGCAGCUUUUGAUUAGAUGCGCGACUCCCUUGAAAGACGAAGAGAAAACGGAAGAGAUCCUGGCAGCCCAGGAGAAGUCGUUCCACCACGUCACCCACGACCUGGUGCGAGAAGUCACCUCUCCCAACUCCACCGUCCGAAAGCAGGCCAUGCAUUCCUUGCAGGUGCUCGCCCAGGUCACGGGGAAAACCGUCACUGUGAUCAUGGAGCCCCAUAAAGAGGUCCUCCAAGACAUGGUUCCUCCAAAGAAACACUUACUUCGGCACCAGCCUGCAAAUGCCCAGAUCGGUUUGAUGGAAGGGAACACCUUUUGCACCACCCUCCAACCCCGGCUUUUUACCAUGGACCUCAAUGUCGUAGAACACAAAGUGUUUUAUACAGAGCUACUGAACCUGUGUGAGGCGGAAGAUUGUGCCUUGAUGAAAUUGCCCUGUUAUAAGAGUCUUCCCUCGCUGGUCCCUCUUCGAAUUGCAGCCCUCAAUGCCCUAGCCGCCUGCAAUUACUUGCCUCAGUCGAGAGAGAAAAUCAUUGCUGCCCUUUUCAAGGCACUUAACUCAACAAACAAUGAACUCCAGGAGGCAGGAGAGGCUUGCAUGAGAAAGUUUUUGGAAGGUGCUACGAUAGAAGUUGACCAGAUUCACACACACAUGAGGCCCUUGCUGAUGAUGCUGGGAGAUUAUCGCAGUUUGACGCUCAACGUUGUGAACCGCCUCACAUCGGUCACCAGGCUCUUCCCGAACUCCUUUAACGAUAAGUUCUGUGACCAAAUGAUGCAACACCUGCGUAAGUGGAUGGAAGUGGUAGUUAUCACACACAAAGGUGGACAGAGGAGCGAUGGAAACGAGAGCAUUUCCGAGUGCGGGAGAUGUUCCGUGUCUCCAUUCUGUCAGUUUGAGCCUGCCAUGGAAGGGGUAGAGGAAAUGAAGAUUUGCUCAGCAAUUAUAAACCUAUUUCAUCUGAUCCCAGCCGCUCCUCAAACCCUCGUUAAGCCUUUGCUGGAAGUUGUGAUGAAAACGGAACGGGCCAUGUUGAUAGAGGCUGGUAGCCCAUUCAGGGAACCAUUAAUAAAGUUUCUGACACGUCACCCAUCCCAGACGGUUGAGCUCUUUAUGAUGGAAGCCACCUUAAAUGAUCCACAGUGGAGCCGGAUGUUCAUGAGUUUUUUGAAACACAAAGACGCGAAACCUCUGCGCGAUGUCCUGGCAGCUAAUCCCAACCGGUUCAUCACGUUAUUGCUGCCUGGCGGUACCCAAGCAGCCGUCCGGCCGGGUUCACCCAGCACCAGCACCUUGCGCCUUGACCUCCAGUUUCAGGCUAUCAAGAUCAUCAGUAUCAUCGUCAAGAAUGACGAGGGUUGGCUGGCAAACCAGCACUCCCUGGUGAGCCAGUUGAGGCGGGUGUGGGUCAGCGAGGCGUUCCAGGAGAGGCACCGGAAGGAGAACAUGGCUGCCACCAACUGGAAGGAACCCAAGCUCCUGGCCUACUGCUUACUGAACUAUUGCAAGAGAAAUUAUGGUGACAUCGAGCUGCUCUUCCAGCUUCUCCGAGCCUUCACCGGCCGCUUCCUCUGCAACAUGACCUUCUUAAAAGAGUACAUGGAAGAGGAGAUCCCCAAAAACUACACCAUCACGCAGAAGCGGGCCUUGUUCUUCCGGUUUGUCGACUUCAACGAUCCCAACUUUGGAGACGAGCUUAAAGCCAAGGUUCUACAACACAUUCUGAAUCCUGCUUUCUUGUAUAGCUUUGAAAAGGUGGAAGGUGAGCAGCUUCUGGGACCCCCCAACCCAGAAGGAGAUAACCCUGAAAGCAUCACCAGUGUGUUCAUAACCAAGGUGCUGGAUCCAGAAAAACAAGCAGACAUGCUGGAUUCCCUCCGGAUUUACUUGCUGCAGUUCGCGACGCUCCUCGUCGAACACGCCCCGCACCACAUCCACGACAACAACAAGAACCGCAACAGCAAGCUGCGGCGUCUCAUGACCUUCGCCUGGCCCUGCCUGCUCUCCAAGGCCUGCGUGGACCCUGCCUGCAAAUACAGCGGGCACUUGCUUUUAGCCCACAUCAUUGCCAAAUUUGCCAUCCACAAGAAGAUCGUCUUACAGGUCUUUCACAGCCUCCUGAAGGCUCAUGCAAUGGAGGCGCGAGCUAUCGUCAGGCAAGCCAUGGCCAUCCUAACGCCCGCAGUGCCUGCUCGGAUGGAGGACGGCCAUCAGAUGCUGACUCACUGGACGAGGAAAAUCAUCGUCGAAGAAGGGCAUACCGUCCCGCAGCUUGUCCAUAUUUUGCAUUUAAUUGUCCAGCAUUUCAAGGUUUACUAUCCGGUGCGCCACCAUCUCGUGCAGCACAUGGUGAGCGCCAUGCAGAGGCUGGGCUUCACCCCCAGCGUGACGAUCGAGCAGCGGAAGCUGGCCGUGGACCUGUCGGAAGUGGUGAUCAAAUGGGAAUUGCAGCGGAUCAAAGACCAGCAGCCGGAUUCUGAUAUGGACCAAGGAGCCAGCGGGGAAGGGGCCAGCUCAGGCUCGUCCGCCGUGAAAAGAGGACUCUCGGUGGAUUCUGGCCAAGAAGUGAAGCGCUUCAGGACUGCCACCGGGGCAAUCAGUGCCGUAUUUGGACGCAGCCAGUCCCUGCCGGGGGCCGAUGCCCUCCUUUCGAAGCCCAUUGACAAGCAGCACACCGAUACAGUCAUCAACUUCCUCAUCCGCAUCGCUUGCCAGGUAAAUGACAACUCCAACACGGCUGGCUCUCCGGGAGAACUGCUUUCUCGGCGCUGUGUUAACCUUCUGAAGACAGCUUUACGGCCGGACAUGUGGCCAAAGUCAGAGCUGAAACUGCAGUGGUUUGAUAAGCUCCUCAUGACAGUGGAGCAGCCCAACCAGGCCAACUUCGCCAACAUCUGCACUGGGCUCGAGCUGCUGUGUUUCCUCCUCACCGUCCUCCAGUCCCCAGCCAUCCUGAGCAGCUUCAAGCCUCUGCAGCGAGGAAUCGCUUCUUGUAUGACGUGCGGCAACACCAAGGUGCUGAGAGCCGUCCACAGCCUGCUUUCUCGCUUAAUGAGCAACUUCCCUACAGAACCAAGUACGUCAAGUGUAGCCUCCAAGUAUGAAGAGCUGGAGUGUCUCUAUGCUGCUGUCGGGAAGGUGAUUUAUGAAGGGCUGACCAAUUAUGAGAAAGCUGCAAAUGCCAACCCUUCCCAGCUGUUUGGCACUUUAAUGAUCCUGAAGUCUGCGUGCAGUAACAACCCCAGCUACAUCGACAGGUUGAUUUCGGUCUUCAUGCGCUCGCUGCAGAAGAUGGUGAGGGAACAUCUAAACCAGCAGGCUCAAGCCGGGACAGCCGAAGCAAACACAGCAGGUACCAGCGAAUUGGUCAUGCUGAGCUUGGACCUGGUGAAAACCCGCCUUGCUGUGAUGAGCAUGGAGAUGAGGAAGAACUUUAUCCAGACCAUUCUGACAUCGCUCAUUGAGAAGUCGAACGAUGCCAAAAUCCUCCGUGCGGUGGUCAAAAUAGUGGAAGAGUGGGUGAAGAACAACUCCCCGAUGGCCGCCAACCAGACACCGACACUCCGAGAGAAGUCCAUUUUGCUGGUAAAAAUGAUGACCUACAUUGAAAAACGUUUUCCCGAGGACCUUGAGUUAAAUGCCCAGUUCUUAGACCUUGUUAACUAUGUCUACAGGGACGAAAACCUUUUGGGGAGCGAGCUCACCGCCAAGCUGGAGCCGGCCUUCCUUUCGGGACUCCGCUGCGCCCAGCCGCUCAUCCGGGCCAAGUUCUUCGAGGUCUUCGACAACUCCAUGAAGCGCCGUGUCUACGAGCGGCUGCUGUACGUCACCUGCUCGCAGAACUGGGAAGCCAUGGGCAGCCACUUCUGGAUCAAGCAGUGCAUCGAGCUCCUGUUGGCUGUGUGUGAAAGAAACACCACCAUUGGGACUAGCUGCCAAGGGUCCAUGCUCCCGUCCAUCACCAAUGUGAUCAACCUCGCCGACAGUCAUGACCGGGCAGCAUUCGCGAUGGUGACCCACGUCAAGCAAGAGCCUCGUGAAAGAGAAAACAGCGAGUCCAAAGAAGAGGAUGUGGAGAUCGAUAUUGAAUUGGCUCCCGGUGAUCAGACAAGUACUCCCAAAACCAAAGAACUCUCGGAAAAGGAUAUUGGCAACCAACUGCAUAUGUUGACCAAUCGGCACGAUAAGUUCCUUGACUCACUUCGAGAAGUGAAGACUGGAGCGCUGCUGAGUGCCUUUGUGCAGCUCUGCCAUAUCUCCACACCCCUAGCAGAAAAGACUUGGAUCCAGCUUUUCUCCAGAUUGUGGAAAAUCCUCUCUGACAGGCAGCAACAUGCUCUGGCAGGCGAAAUCAGCCCUUUCUUGUGCAGCGGCAGCCACCAAGUGCAGCGUGACUGCCAGCCCAGCGCGCUGAACUGUUUUGUGGAGGCCAUGUCGCAGUGCGUCCCCCCCAUUCCCAUCAGGCCCUGCGUGCUGAAGUACCUGGGCAAAACGCACAACCUCUGGUUCCGCUCGACUCUGAUGCUGGAGCACCAGGCCUUCGAGAAAGGACUCAGCCUCCAGAUUAAGCCGAAGCAGACCACUGAAUUCUACGAGCAGGAGAGCAUCACUCCGCCCCAACAGGAAAUUCUUGAUUCUCUGGCCGAGCUGUAUUCCUUGCUGCAAGAAGAGGAUAUGUGGGCCGGAUUGUGGCAGAAGCGCUGCAAAUUCCCCGAGACGGCGACGGCAGUUGCCUACGAACAGCACGGCUUCUUUGAGCAGGCCCAAGAAACCUACGAAAAGGCAAUGGAGAAAGCCAAGAAAGAGCAUGAAAGAAGUAAUGCGUCUCCUGCUAUUUUCCCUGAGUAUCAGCUCUGGGAGGACCACUGGAUUCGGUGCUCCAAAGAGCUGAACCAGUGGGAAGCACUGACCGAAUACGGCCAGUCUAAGGGCCACAUCAAUCCCUACCUCGUCCUGGAGUGUGCUUGGCGGGUCUCCAACUGGACGGCCAUGAAGGAGGCGCUGGUGCAGGUGGAGCUGAGUUGCCCCAAAGAGAUGGCCUGGAAGGUCAACAUGUACCGGGGCUACCUGGCCAUCUGCCAUCCGGAAGAGCAGCAGCUGAACUUCAUUGAGCGUCUGGUCGAGAUGGCCAGCGGCUUGGCGAUUCGGGAAUGGCGGAGGCUCCCCCACGUGGUGUCGCACGUCCACACACCCCUUCUCCAGGCCGCGCAGCAAAUCAUUGAACUUCAGGAGGCGGCCCAGAUCAACGCAGGCUUGCAGCCGGCCAACCUGGGCAGGAACAACAGCCUGCACGACAUGAAGACGGUCGUGAAGACCUGGAGGAACCGGCUGCCCAUCGUGUCGGACGACUUGUCCCACUGGAGCAGCAUCUUCAUGUGGAGGCAGCACCAUUACCAAGCCAUUGUAAGCGCCUACGAGAACAGCACUCAGCACGAUCCGAGCUCCAACAACGCCAUGCUGGGAGUCCACGCUUCGGCCUCGGCAAUUAUCCAGUACGGCAAGAUCGCCCGGAAGCAAGGCCUGGUCAACGUGGCCCUGGACAUCCUGAGCCGCAUCCACACCAUCCCGACGGUGCCCAUCGUGGACUGCUUCCAGAAGAUCCGGCAGCAAGUCAAGUGCUACCUGCAGCUCGCGGGAGUCAUGGGCAAAAAUGAAUGCAUGCAGGGCCUGGAGGUGAUCGAAUCGACCAAUCUGAAGUACUUUACCAAGGAGAUGACUGCAGAGUUCUAUGCCCUGAAGGGGAUGUUCCUGGCCCAGAUCAACAAGUCCGAAGAAGCCAACAAGGCCUUCUCGGCCGCUGUCCAGAUGCACGACGUGCUGGUGAAGGCCUGGGCCAUGUGGGGGGACUACUUGGAGAACAUCUUCGUCAAGGAGCGGCAGCUGCAUCUCGGGGUGUCUGCCAUCACCUGCUACCUGCACGCCUGUCGCCAUCAGAACGAGAGCAAAUCCCGGAAGUACUUGGCAAAGGUUCUCUGGCUGUUGAGCUUUGACGACGACAAGAACACGCUGGCGGACGCCGUGGACAAGUACUGCAUCGGCGUCCCCCCCAUCCAGUGGCUGGCUUGGAUUCCGCAGCUGCUCACCUGCCUGGUGGGAUCCGAGGGCAAGCUUCUCCUGAACCUGAUCAGUCAGGUUGGCCGGGUCUAUCCCCAGGCGGUUUACUUCCCUAUCCGGACCCUUUAUUUGACACUGAAGAUAGAACAGCGCGAACGCUACAAAAGUGAUUCUGGACAGCAACAGCCCAGUUCCGUGGGAAGUCAGUCGCAUUCUGCUUCGGACCCCGGACCGAUCCGAGCCACGGCCCCCAUGUGGCGUUGCAGCCGCAUCAUGCAUAUGCAGCGCGAAUUGCAUCCCACGCUUCUCUCUUCGUUGGAAGGGAUCGUUGAUCAGAUGGUCUGGUUCAGGGAGAACUGGCAUGAGGAGGUCCUCCGGCAGCUGCAGCAAGGCCUGGCCAAGUGCUACUCGGUGGCCUUUGAGAAGAGCGGGGCCGUCUCCGACGCCAAGAUCACCCCCCACACGCUGAAUUUUGUCAAGAAGCUGGUCAGCACCUUCGGCGUCGGCUUGGAGAACGUCUCCAACGUCUCCACCAUGUUCUCCAGUGCCGCCUCGGAGUCCCUCGCCCGGAGAGCCCAGGCGACGGCCCAGGACCCCGUCUUUCAGAAGCUCAAGGGGCAGUUCACCACCGACUUUGACUUCAGCGUGCCGGGCUCCACGAAGCUCCACAACCUGAUUUCGAAGCUGAAGAAAUGGAUCAAGAUCCUGGAGGCCAAGACCAAGCAGCUCCCCAAGUUCUUCCUCAUUGAGGAGAAAUGUCGUUUCCUGAGCAACUUCUCCGCCCAGACCGCAGAGGUAGAAAUUCCUGGCGAGUUCCUGAUGCCGAAGCCAACACAUUAUUACAUCAAGAUUGCAAGAUUCAUGCCCCGAGUCGAGAUCGUCCAGAAGCACAACACGGCCGCCCGAAGACUCUACAUCCGGGGCCACAAUGGGAAGAUCUACCCCUAUCUGGUCAUGAACGACGCCUGCCUGACAGAGUCCCGCCGAGAAGAGCGUGUCCUGCAGCUCCUCCGCCUUCUGAACCCCUGCCUGGAGAAGCGGAAAGAGACCACCAAGAGGCACCUGUUUUUCACAGUCCCCCGAGUCGUGGCGGUCUCUCCGCAGAUGCGCCUGGUGGAAGACAACCCCUCCUCCCUCUCCCUGGUGGAGAUCUACAAGCAGCGCUGUGCCAAGAAGGGGAUUGAGCACGACAGCCCCAUCUCGCGCUACUACGACCGGCUCGCCACCGUCCAGGCGCGGGGGACCCAGGCCAGCCAUCAGGUCCUCCGGGAUAUUCUGAAAGAAGUGCAGGGCAACAUGGUUCCCCGCAGCAUGCUGAAGGAAUGGGCUCUGCACACCUUCCCCAACGCCACCGACUACUGGACCUUCCGCAAGAUGUUCACCAUCCAGCUGGCUCUGAUCGGCUUUGCAGAAUUCGUCUUCCACUUGAACAGGCUGAACCCCGAGAUGUUUCAGAUUGCCCAGGAUACCGGCAAACUCAAUGUGGCCUACUUCCGCUUCGAUAUUAAUGAUUCAACCGGAGACCUUGAUGCUAACCGUCCAGUCCCGUUUCGGCUCACCCCAAAUAUUUCCGAGUUCCUCACCACCAUUGGCGUGUCUGGACCGCUCACUGCCUCGAUGAUUGCCGUCGCCCGCUGUUUUGCACAGCCAAACUUUAAGGUUGAUGGCAUCCUGAAGACGGUGCUGCGAGAUGAAAUCAUUGCCUGGCACAAGAAAACCCAAGAGGAUACCUCCUCCCCGCUCUCGGCAGCCGGGCAGCCCGAAAACAUGGACAGCCAGCAGCUGGUUUCCCUGGUUCAGAAAGCUGUUACCGCCAUCAUGACCCGCCUGCACAAUCUGGCUCAGUUUGAAGGAGGAGAGAGCAAAGUCAACACACUGGUCGCCGCGGCAAACAGCCUGGAUAACCUCUGCCGCAUGGAUCCCGCUUGGCACCCCUGGCUCUGACCUGGCACCGCAACGCUCUUGUUCUGUUAUAGCGGGAAAGACAGAGAGAGGGAUGCCAAGGGUCCAUGCUGAACCUGGACUUUGCCGGUUCUCUCAAAUCACCGCAACGCCACCUUUUGAUAGUCUUCUAUGGGAUCAUGUUUACCAGAGUAACCGCUGUCUCUCCGCUCUCGGAGGGAUUUCCCGUGCAUACCACGCAAGGAUCACUUUUGCGGACAGAAAGGGGGUGUUCGGCAGGGUGUUGAAGAAUCUUGUUUUAUGUCAAAUGUGAGAAUAUGGACACGAGGUACAAACAGAAAUGUUGCCUGCUCCUGAUCGUCAAUCAUUUUUAAAGCAGCUUGUGUUCCCACAUCGUGGGUCUUAACUGUGUGAAGUUUUUUUUAAUUUUUAAAAAAAGUGUUUUCUUUAUUGUUUACCUUGGUAAUUGGUACAAAGACUCCUGAAAUACUGUUCCAUCUGAAAUAUACAUGAGUUAACAUGGAUGUGUACAGAGAUUUUUGUAACAAAAUGUACAGAAGAAUCCCCCUUUUUUCAUAGCUAGUUGGAGAGAAAUAAUCAAAUUUGUGCUAGUUUUUCUUGGGGUUCAGGCUAAUGUACACUGUUAGCAGAACCAUUUCUGAACUCUAGUUUAGUGAAUCACUUAAGCAUACAAGGGAAUUUAUAAAAAUGAUUUUGUCAUCUGUUGAGACAGACAUUUGGGUGGGACUCGGAGUGCAACACAAAUACAAAAGUAUAUGAUACACUGAUGAUAUAUUUUUGAGCUUGAGUGCGUUUAAAUGUAUAUCGUUAAAGUAGCUUCUUGAGGAACCAUUGUUAGUUUUUACCUUUGUAAUUUAAAAAAGAAAAAGAAAUUGCUUUUAUUUCAAUCUGUCGUCUUUUUUUUUUAUAAACCUUGCAGUGUUGAGAAUGUUCCAGUUCAAAUUUGUACAGAGUGACUUUUUCAAAAUAAAUAUUUUCGAAAAUG